CCCCACGCCCCUCCCGGUUUCCCAGCUCCUCUCCUAUGGGGAGACUCGGAGUGAGAUGUAUCGCUCUGGCUUCGGCUGCCAACGCCGCCAGAUCCGCCGCGCCGUGAUCGGACCGCCGGAGAGGAGAGAGAAGAGAGUGGCGGAGUCGCCGCUGCCGCCGCCUUCAGCGAACCUGGGACAGCGCCUUUCGAAACCGGCGGGUCCGCGAAACUUUCGAACCUUUCCAACUUCGCGAAGCCCUGGCUAAGAAACCUAUGGGACGUUGACCUGCUCGCAGAUGCCAUCCUCGCUCCGGGAUCUGACAGAAGGAAGAAACAACCGCUAGUUUUUCCAGAGGACGGGUGGGGAAGCCCUGCGGUUUUUAAUCUGAAGAGUAAGAAGGUCGAACACCUCAAAAGAAUCAGGCAGGAAACCCACCCGCGAUCCUCUUCCUGACCUGCAGAAUUAUUAUUAUUAUUUUUUGCGGCAUUGGGGCUACUGUUUCCCCAGGCUUCUGAAAUAAGAAUAACUCCCAAACUUUUCUUUUCUCUCCUUCUGAAAUGCAGGUUUUCCCCUUUCCCUUAUGUUUGCCCCUUUCUUGUUUCCCUUCCUCUUGGAACUGAACUUUAGCACCCUUAACCCUUGUAGUUUAUCCACGCUUUCUUGCUUGGUCUUCUCCGUGUUGUUUUGGUUUUUUUUGCCAUGGCGUUGAACCCCACCAUGCUCCCCGUUACCAACAGCUCCUCCAACGGGACAGGAGCUGAGAGCAGCAAACCCCUGACCAUCCCCAUGGUCAUGUUCAUUUUCGGAGUGGUGGGGAACCUUGUAGCCAUCGUGGUUCUUUGCAAGUCCAGGAAGGAGCAGAAAGAGACCACCUUCUACACGCUGGUCUGUGGACUGGCUGUCACCGACCUCUUGGGGACUUGCCUGGUUAGCCCGGUGACAAUUGCUACGUAUCUGAAGCAGGAAUGGCCUGGUGGCCAACCCCUGUGUGAAUACAGCAGCUUCAUCCUCCUCUUCUUUGGCCUGUCUGGACUCAGCAUCAUUUGCGCCAUGUCCAUAGAGAGGUACCUGGCCAUCAACCAUGCCUACUUCUACAGCCAUUAUGUGGAUAAGAAACUAGCGGCCCUCACUCUUUUCGCAAUCUACGUUUCCAAUGUCCUCUUCUGUGCCAUGCCAAACAUGGGCUUGGGGAAGACAAAGCUCCAGUACCCGUAUACCUGGUGCUUCAUAGACUGGCAGACAAACAUAUCCAGCCAUGCUGCUUUCUCGUACAUGUAUGCCGGCUUCAGCUCCUUCCUCAUUAUGGUCACGGUGGUCUCCAACAUCUUGGUGUGCAUGGCCCUGAUCCGCAUGCACAGGCAAUUUAUGCGUCGCACUUCCCUGGGGACAGACCAUGCCACUAACCGCCUGUCAGACUUUCGCCGGCGCAGGAGCUUCCGGCGCAUGGCUGGUGCAGAAAUCCAGAUGGUCAUCUUGCUCAUUGCCACUUCCUUGGUCGUAGUGAUUUGUUCCAUUCCUCUAGUGGUCCGGGUCUUUGUGAACCAACUGUACCGUCCAGAUAUCGUAAGAGACAUCCAGCAGAACCCAGAUUUGCAAGCUAUCCGUAUAGCUUCGGUGAACCCCAUCUUGGAUCCAUGGGUCUACAUUCUGCUGCGCAAGACAGUCUUGAGCAAAGCCAUUGAGAAGGUCAAGUGUCUCUUCUGCCGCAUUGGUGGGGCUCGGAGGCAGCACUCAGGUAACAACUGCAACUGGGCUGAUGGUCGCCGGACCUCCUCCGUCACAGCCAGCCAUUCACCCUCCUUCAUCUCCCGAGAGUUGAGGGAGGUCAGCAGCACUUCACAGACACUGCUAUACCCGCUGGAGCCAAGUGAAAGGACGGUCGGGGAUCGAAUGCUGUUACCAGGAACCAGCAGCUGCCUGGCUCAGUCAGAUACUACAUCUAUAAGGACCUUACGGAGUUCACACACCUCAGAGUCCUCUCAGGGGCAAGAGUGUGAGAAUACUCACUUUUUGGUGAGUGAACUAAAGCCUAGCGGGAGUAGCACUGCUAAAGGCAGCUCCCUUCAGGUCACUUUUCCCAGCGAAGCUCUGGACUUGUCGGAGAAGUGUAUCUAAGCCACAGAAAAAAGUUUAAGGGACAGUUUGGUCCUUAAGUCAAGCGGGGAGAAACUGACACAACAGACAUAUCAAAUGCUCAUCUUUGCCAUCCAUUCUGUUGACCUAGCUAAGGCCUACACCUGAAGCUUAUCUGGAUUUCCAUGUCCUAAGCUUGAGGGUGAAAUAGCCAUUUAGGGCAAAAUGGACUUGGAAAUGUGCAUCCAGCAGGAACCCAUGUGAGACGUUGAACUAGCCACCAUCAGAGUUGAAGCAUCUUGACUGGCAGUAGUUACACCUCCCUCAACAUUGGUUCCAAGGUGCAGCUGCUGGAUCUUUCCUGUUAUGUGAUAAGCACAGGUUUCUGCAGGGAUUUUUAUUACCCCUAGAGACUCAUCCUUCCGCCAUCAAACCCUGCCAAAGUAACAAAGGAAUGUAGUGGUGUCUCAAGCACAGGCUGCUGCUUGUUGCCUUACCUUGCCCUGGGAGAUAGGACUGUCUUCACAAAGUUUGUGUUGGAGAAAGUCACCAAUCUUCUCCAUUUGUACAUGACUGAAGCAUACUUAUUCUACUCCAACCUUCCCUCUUGGCUUCAUAGUUCAGAGAAAUUAAUUACAAGAUAGUUGCCAAUGGAGGAACAAACUGGUCCAGUUGUUGUGGAACCGAUAAAUCUAUUGUGUGGAAAAAAAAAUGUGAAUUUUUCUGACUGAAAUGUUGUGACUGACUGUAUUUAAGGAAUGUAUAUUCUUCUCUGCGAGAAGGUUAAUUACUAAUACAAAGUAUAGAAAAAAAGUAAUAUGGUCAGAUCCUGCUUUCUUCUUCUUAAUGUAUGUGAUUAGAUAAAUUUUGCAUUAGACUUUUCAAAUUUGCAGACUCAAGAGGCCAGACUAGAGCUUAUGGAUGAGACAAGAGCUGAGAAAUCUGGAAUUAGAUGGGAACACAUUUUGAUGCCACUAUAGGGAUAAUAAAAAGCUUUUGUGUUUUUAAA